AUGCCACGAGGACAGCUUAUACUCAUCGAAGGACUUGAUCGUUCAGGAAAAUCAACACAGGCAUCACUACUUGUCUCGAAACUUGGUCAUGCAUCAUCAUCAUCAUCUCCUCCUUGUUCUUCGAAACUCUUAAAGUUCCCCGAUAGAACAACACCUAUUGGCAAAUUGAUCAAUGAAUACUUGACCAAUAAGGAGUUUCAACUCGACGACCAAGCUGCACAUUUACUAUUCCUGGCCAAUAGAUGGGAGUUGAAUCAGGAGAUACACAACUUGUUGAACCAAGGAUGCUUUGUUGUGUUGGACCGAUAUAUCUACUCGGGGAUUGCAUACACUCUAGCUAAGAACAAUCUAGAUGAUAGUGAAGCCAAUACCUCAAUCAGUCGAGGGAAGAAAAGCAGCAACUUGGCCAGUGUUGACUGGUUGCUUGGUCCAGAUAAAGGUUUGCCAAAACCUGAUUUGACCAUGUUUCUCACAUUGGACUUGGAAGAAAUCAGCAAGAGAAAAGGCUGGGGAAACGAAAGAUACGAACUCCAACAAUUUCAAGCCAAAGUCAAACGAUGCUUUUUGCAGAUUUUAAAUUCAAACCAAGACAAGAGCAUCGAGAUCCUCGACGUUGGAGAAAAGUCAAUCGAAGAGGUGACUAAUCAGCUUUGGGAUGUUAUAGUUUCCCACAAUGCAAAUACUUUGACAGAGAAGCCUAUAGAAUACAUUUGA